AUGCCCACAACUCAAGCACAGAUACGACGCGCCCAGGUCCGCGAAGCACAACAGGCAUACCGAUCUCGCCAACAAUCCCAGCUCUCUUCACUAAAAGCUCGCGUAGAGCAACUGGAAGAUGUACUUAAUCAACUGAGCCAGACGGUGCAGGAGUUCGAUAACCAAGUGAUCCGAAGUGGGUUGCAGUGGUCUCAACCUCAACUCUUCCGCACAGUCCAAUUACUGCGUGAUGAUAUAGUGUCCCAUUUCAAGAGGGCCGAUAUUCCCUAUCAGAAGUCCCCAGAAAGCAAAACUUCAGAACUAUCCCAGGUUAUUAAUGAGCAACCCCACGCGCAGGCCGCGUCCCAGGUGUCAAUGGGCAGGUUAAAAGACCAAACCGAGGGAUCUGACUUCUGGAAAUUGUUUUUGGGCUCGUCCGGUGGUAUGGUUCCAUCGACUAAUACCAAGAGUCUGGAUAACCAAUGGAACGACUUGGUUCCUAUCCCUGUGACUGUGCCACCAUCUAUUGCUGAAACACACACUAUUCAAUAUGCAACUACACCCUUCACCCAACGACUUUUCCGCGCUUGCGCUGAAAGCGGUCAUCGAUUCUUGUCCAAUCCUUCAUAUAAAGAUGAAGAUAUGUGGGAGUUUGGACUACUUUUACAAAGAAUGCCACGAGCAGAGGUCCGAGAUUAUUUCGGACGUGCCAUCAACAUGGAGCCUUGCAAUCCGAUCAUCGAUGCUCGAUUCCCAUAUAUCAGUGUUGGUGGUGCAGGAACACACUUUUUACAACCCUUCAGUGGUGCUUUUUCAGACAGCUUCGCUCUCUUCCGAACAACAAAUGGCGUGUCUCAUGUUCCCGCCGAUGAAGACUGGUUUGAUGUGCAUGAUGUCGAGAGAUAUCUGUUCAACCAAGGUAUUGCUGUAGGCGAGUUUCCUUCGUCUGCCCUUACGAUAUCCUAUCCAACUAGUCCGGGCGCUGGGCUUUCGAAUUUAGAGAUACCCCAAGGCGCAACACCUGGCAGUAUGAUGAUGGUCAUCGACGAGUAUAAAUUGGUCAACAGUACGCUUGCCUUGUUAUUUGCUAUUAUCCUCAGCAUCAACUACAAUGAUAAAAGCUAA